UCCGCCGCUUUCCUUCUUCAUUGACUCAAAAAAAAAAAAAAAAAAAGAUCCCCGAGGAGGAAAAAAAAUAAUAUUCAAAGUACUGAAAUUCCAAUCAAGUAAAUUCUUCCCUCCUCUUUCUUCCCUCCUCCGUUUUACCUGAUAUUUUUCAGGUUUUUCUCCCUUCCCCCUCCGAAGGUGAAGGGGGAGAGGAAUUGUAAUUUUUUUUUUCCCAGCCCCAAAUCAUCUAUAUAUAAAAAUCCAUAUAUUAUCCGUCUUGAAGGAGGAUAUAAAUCGAUCGUUUGGUUUUAUAUAGCUCCAUAGAAGAAGUAAAAAGCCAAGAAGAAAAAAAAUUUUUUGAUCUGUGUGUGAGCUUAAUGCUGCAUUUGUCAUUAACUUACACCCCAAAAUAAAACAAAAGGAAGAAAAGGAGGAAGAAGGUGAUCGGGAAAGAGAGAUCAUGUCAGGGCGGCCCAGAACCACCUCCUUUGCAGAGAGCUGCAAACCAGUGCAGCAGCCUUCAGCUUUUGGCAGCAUGAAAGUUAGCAGAGACAAGGAUGGCAGCAAGGUGACAACAGUGGUGGCAACUCCUGGACAAGGUCCAGACAGGCCACAGGAAGUCAGUUAUACAGACACUAAAGUGAUCGGGAAUGGGUCGUUUGGUGUAGUGUAUCAAGCCAAACUUUGUGAUUCAGGAGAACUAGUUGCUAUCAAAAAAGUACUGCAGGACAAGAGAUUUAAGAACAGAGAGCUCCAGAUCAUGAGAAAGCUAGAUCACUGUAACAUAGUCCGAUUGCGUUAUUUCUUCUACUCCAGUGGAGAGAAGAAAGAUGAAGUAUAUCUUAAUCUGGUGCUGGACUAUGUUCCUGAAACAGUAUACAGAGUUGCCAGACACUAUAGUCGGGCCAAACAGACGCUCCCUUUGAUCUACGUUAAGUUGUACAUGUAUCAACUGUUUCGAAGUUUAGCCUAUAUCCAUUCCUUUGGAAUCUGUCAUCGGGAUAUUAAACCACAGAAUCUCUUGCUUGACCCUGAUACAGCUGUCCUAAAACUUUGUGACUUUGGAAGUGCGAAGCAGCUGGUUCGAGGAGAGCCCAAUGUUUCAUAUAUCUGCUCUCGCUACUAUAGAGCACCAGAGUUGAUCUUUGGAGCAACUGAUUACACCUCUAGCAUAGAUGUAUGGUCUGCGGGAUGUGUAUUGGCUGAACUGUUGCUAGGACAACCAAUCUUUCCAGGAGACAGUGGUGUGGAUCAGUUGGUGGAAAUAAUCAAGGUCCUGGGAACACCAACACGAGAGCAAAUUCGAGAAAUGAAUCCAAACUACACUGAAUUCAAAUUUCCUCAGAUUAAGGCACAUCCUUGGACUAAGGACUCGUCAGGAACAGGACAUUUCACCUCAGGAGUUCGGGUCUUCCGACCCCGAACUCCACCUGAGGCAAUUGCAUUAUGUAGCCGUCUGCUGGAAUAUACCCCUACUGCCCGAUUGACACCCCUGGAAGCUUGUGCACAUUCAUUUUUUGAUGAAUUACGGGACCCAAAUGUCAAAUUACCAAAUGGGCGAGAUACACCUGCACUCUUCAAUUUCACCACUCAAGAACUGUCAAGUAAUCCACCUCUGGCUACAAUCCUUAUUCCUCCCCAUGCUCGGAUUCAAGCAGCUGCUUCAACCCCUACAAAUGCUACAGCAGCUUCAGAAAUCACCAACAACAAUUCAUCAGUCACAUCUGCAAGUUCUUUCAGUGCCCUGGAAUGUACUUUUGGACCUGGUGACUUGAGCCUCACUGAGAGCAUUUAGCUCUUACCAUCUCUUCAGUCAUUGUGUAUCCUUUGAUGCUAAUGCAGGAGAUCGAGGACAGACCAAUAACGCAGCAUCAGCUUCAGCCUCCAACUCCACCUGAACCAGCACCAGGCAGCCAGCUGUGCAGGAAAACUCGCCGGCCACUUGGGUUUCACUCAGCAACACUGGUCACGUUGGGAAAGAAAAUUAAAGAGAAAAAAAAACCUUGUUCAUUUUAGUGUUCAAUUUUUUUAUUAUUGUUGUUCUUAUUUAACCUUGUAAAAUAUCUAUAAAUACAAACCAGUUUCAUUGUAUUCUCACUUUGAGGGAUUUCCAGGGGCUUGGGAGGGGUCGUAGGGAGGGGACAAGCGGAGCAAUAGAACAUGAAAUAACUCCCGCGACAAUCUUUUUUUAAGGAAAGUCUGCUGUUGUGUACUCUUAAAAGCAGGACUCUUGCCUCAUGCCCCCUUCCACAAACGAAGAAUUCUGUGCUGAAGUUUUGGGGAAUUUUCUUUUCUUUUUUUCAGUCAAAGUGUCAGACAUUGGUAUAGUGCACAGCUUGAAUUUGGUUGGAGCUUAGCAGGUGUAAUUCAUUGGGGGCUUCAGUGUUGCUUGUAAAAUUAAUCCAUAUCCUAAGGUAUUUGAAGAAUUGCCUUUGGCAUGUUGGGGUGGGUGUGGCAGAUAUAAUAUAAAAUGUGUCACAUUCAUCACCAAGGGAGGCAAUUGAGUUUCAAGUUUGGAGCUACACUUGGAAUGUUUUCAGGGGGUUUGCUUAUUUUUUUAAAAUUUUGCUCUUACAUCAGGGUGAGAGAAACCUACAGUGUCACACAUGAUAGAAAGUUGUCAGAUGAGAAGAAGCAAGCCAGAGCUUAGCUCUAUUAGCCAUACAAGAGGAUGCUUGUUUGGCUAACUGAAGGCUUUCUGCCUAAUCUCAGCCUAGCUUUUGAGUAGUGAUCUAGAAAGGCUAAGGAAAGAAAAGUUAGGUGAGCAGCUUUGGUCUGCAGAAGAAAAAAAAAGCAGGUGAAGAACUGUGUCCUUUGGGAAGGGGACAGCUUACGGGCUCUUUGGCAAAUGGCCACUGUGAAUAUAUUUUUCCAGGUUUUGCUCUAAAAUUGCUUCCCUUGCAAAGAUACACCAUGAGAGGACACUAUAGUUUAUAAUGUGAACUGUAACAGUCUACUGGUUUAUUUUUCAUAAUUUUUUAUUGAAAGUUGAGCUUGCAAAUUGCCACAUUCUAUACAUAGUUCUAAUUUUAAAUCCAAAUCUAGAAUCUAUAUUUAAUUUCAUUCUUUUUUAACCUCAUGCUUUUAAAUUUUUAUUUAUUGAUGCAUGUCAGAUACGCCAUUAUGAUAUUAAAAUGGUAAAAAUAUUAAUAAACUAGUCAUCAAAAUUAUAUAAAAAGUACUUGUACCUGCUGACUUAUAGGAAAGCUGAUUAUAUAAAUGUGUGUAUAUAUAUUAUAUAUAUACAUGUAUACAUAUAUUCAAUACUGCUUUUUUAUUUUUUUGUCUACAAUAUGAAAAUUGUCUGAUUGAAGCAUGAGAAUGCUUUUUUUUUUUCCAGUUAAUUAUCUUGUUCUAUUUUCUUUCUGUAUCAGUGAAUGAUGUCAGAUUCAAAGUCUCUGUUUUUGAAGUAAAAGCAAUAUUCCUUGGAAAGCCAGGAGGGUGGAUGGAUUAUAUUUGCAAUGUAGAAAUAGUCUUUUCAGAAUUGGUCUGUUUUAUACUUGUGAGUUUGGUGUCCAUGUGGGCCUUAUAUACUCACUAAAAUGAACCUUAGUCACCUUGGUGCUUAUGGGCCAUUACUUGACCUGUGACUCUUUAAGGCACAAUCAGUUGUAUUUUACAUUUAAAGAUCAUUUUAAGUGAUGGCCCCUUCCCUCCUGCCUACCCUUUCUCAAACACCUUCCAAGGAUAAACUAGCAACAACAGGGCUGGCUGCAAAAUUACUGCUAGGAGGCUAGUCUUUCUCUGAGUGUGCAACCUGCUCUUGGACCACCCUCCUCAUUACUACAGUAAGUCAUGUAGAGAUUGAAUUUCUCACCUUCCGACUCAUUUGGAAGAAGAUUAGUCUCUUAGUUCUGGAAAUGGGCACAGACAGCUCUACUGCCCUCCUGUUGGACAAAGAGGAGGGUGUCUGAGAAAUGGUUGCUUCCUGCUGAGAGGAACUGAUACCCAGAAAGAAAACUAUGAGCCAUCUUAGUUUUCACUCGUUAAGCUAUGCUUUCGGGGGUGUUUGAAAGUGCUAGGUAUGUGAUAGUACAGGAAAGAAACACACACACACACAUACACAUACACCCCAAAAAAAAAACCCUCAAAAAUAUUCUGAAUUUUGAUUAGCUAUUACAAAUAAUUAGAAUCUGAAAGAAAUCUGAAUUUAUGAAACUUGCCAGCAGAAUCCCCUAAAGGGAAGGAGGGCUUUAAUAAGUUUCCCAAAAGAAUUUAUAGAAGAUUUAAAAGGCUGAUUAGUGACUAAUAAUGGAUAUGCUUUAAAACAAUGCCUAGCCACAAAUUUGGAAAAAGACAUUUCUCUGGACUUGGAUAGUAUUUUCCAAAGUCCAUAAAAUCACUGCUUAUAUCAGGAAACACUUGUGUCUUUUUUUCCCUAAGGAUGAGAGGAAGAAGAGGAGGAGGGAGUAAGAGGGAAAUGUAAGCGCUUUUCUCUCAUUUUUAUUUUAUUUUAUGUGUGUGAGGGCUGAGGUCCGAUGAUUUUACUUUCUCAAGGAUCAUGGCAGGAUCACAGAACUCUUUUAUACAAGUGAGAUCCAGGUCUCUGAAUAUCUUUUUGUAAAUAAUAAUAAUAAUAAUAAUAAAAAGCUCCUCACCAAAUUCAAGCUUGUACAUUAUAUUUUCUUUUGAUGUUUUUAAAUUUAAGUUUUAUUGUUUUGUAUGUAAAUAUGUGGACCCAGGAACUGUUAUUAAUGAGCAAAAAGUUACUGUUCAGGGCAGUGAUUCUGUUUAAUAAUCAGACAAAAUGUAGACGAGCUUUUUAAAGCCAUAUAGUUUUAACUCUGUACAGUAGGUACCGGCCUGUAUUAUUGUAACAAUAACUCUAGCAAUGUAUAGUGUAUCUAUAUAGUUUGGAGUGCCUUCGCUUCCAUGGUUCGUUUUUGGUUUUGUUUUUGGUUUUGUUUUAUAAUUUUGUUUCCCUUUUCUGUGUCCCCAUUCCCUCCUUUAACUAAUGUCUCACAAAGCAGCAUUUAACCCUUCCCACAGCUGUUAUGAGUGCUGUUAAGGUUUCAGUGAUACCAUGCUUAGUAGUGGAAACAGAGGAAACCAUGUUCUAACUCGUUUUACUCACACCCUGACUUUGUUUUGGCUCUGAAUGUUGGUUUCCUCCCCAGUAGCAGUGACCGGUUUCAUUAUUUCACACAUUACCCUCCCAGCACCAAGUUGCCCUAAAGCUGGGGCAGGGAUCAGCUAGAUUAGAUUUUGCUCGUCUUUCCCCAAGCCCUACAUCUAGGGAUCUUGUAAACAGCAGAUUCUGGGAGCCUUCCUUCUGGUUCAUUUUCUCUCUCCUCUUUCCCUCCCUUCUUCCCUCCCUUCCUUCCUUCCUUGUUUCCUCCCUUCUCCCUUUCCCUUCCCCACUGAGAGAGAGAAUUUGAUUUUAUGAAUCAAAAAUAUCUUCAUAGGACCACAACUCAACAUAAAAAUGGUUCAGAAUGUCACAUCGUAAUUACUGGUGGCUACAAUGUGUAGGACAUUCCAGUUAAGAUACUGUUGUUUUAACAAGAACUCUUAGCUUGCUCCCUUCUUGCCACUCUCACCCCUUCCAAUAAAAUGUCAUUUAUAAAUCUUGAUUAAAAUCAGUUUUAUUUUUAUGUACCCAGCACAAAGGCUUUUUUUUCUUAAGGAAAAAUACAAUCAUUUGUUUUGCCUCCAAGUAUUCCAUAUACAAUGUCUUGAAGAGAAGAAAGAAAAAAAAAAAAAAACUUUACCAAACCAAAGGUUGCUAUUUUUGACACAUCUUGUUGUUCAUUCCAGCAAGGCAAAAGACGGCACCUUUUUUUUCUGGUGACGUGACAGUGAUGUAAUUUUUUUGUUUUGUUAACAGUCCACUCGAUUUUUAAAAAAUAUAUUUUUUGGUUUGUUUUUUUAGCAAAGAAGUAUGGCAGUCAUUUUGUCUGCACUAAUGCAAAGGUUUCUGAGAAAACUAUAUUCUCUGACCCUGUGGAUAUCAAGACACUGGUAUUAUUAUGUUUAAAAUUUCUUGCCAUUUCCUUUUGAAGAAUCUAACUUUAGACAUUCUUUAAAAAAAAAAAAAAAUUUGGCCAGUGCUAGACCCCCAAUAAUUGACAUUUUGUUUUAACAAAACAAUUGCAUUGGGUUCCUCCAGUUCAUGUUUAGCAAAGUUCUAAAUCUUGGCGGAGCCAAACUUUUCCCCAUACACAAAAAACAAGCAUCCAUUACCAGUAUUUUAGUCUUUUCUGGUAGAAACCUGAGCCAUUGAAAGUAAAACAGACAACUUAGAAGCACAGACAAGUAACCAGACCAGGGCCUGCCUUUCUGAAGUUUUGAAAAGUAAUCCCUGGGGUUCAGAUUAUUUUCACAGGGGUUAUGCCCAAUAUUCAAGUUUUGUCGCUCCAUUUUGCACCUCUGCAAUAAAAGCAAAAUGACAAACCAUGCAUAAGGGGUUAGCUUGAAAAGUAGCUUCCUUGUGUUAAUUCAUUCUAAACUUUUUUAUAUAUCUGUCUACAAGAAGAUGCAGAUAGAUGUAUGAAAAUGUGCUUGCCUGUAAAAUUUGCAUUUAUAAAUGUGUUGCCGAUGGAUCACUUGGGCCUGUACACACACCGAUUAGCGUGACCACUUCCAUAUUAGAAACAGAAAUCUAAAUAUAUAUAAAUAUAUAUAUAUAUAUAUAUAUAAAGGACUGUGGGUUGUAUACAAACUAUUGCAAACACUUGUGCAAAUCUGUCUUGAUUUAAAGGAAAAAGCAAAACCUGUAUAACAUUAUUACUACUUGAAUGCCUCUGUGACUGAAUUUUUUUUUUUCAUUUAAAUAUAUACUUUUUUGUGGACAGUAUGCUUAAUGUUUUUUUUUUCCUUCCCCCAUUCCCUUGUAAAUACAUUUUGUUCUGUGUGACUCAGUUUGGAAAUAGUUAACUGGUACUGUAAUUUGCAUUAAAUAAAAAGUAGGUUAGCCUGGAAAUGAAAUUCAAAUUCAGAAGUGUGUGGUCUUUAUUUCGAUUCCCAGCCCUCUUUCUUUGUCCUCUCUAAUUUUCCACUUCUCUUUUGACUGCCAUUACCUUUCCUUUUCCCUAAAUUAAUGAAAUAUACAUUUUUGUUAACAAAAAUCAAGAUGUAGAUGUAUUUUCUCUCGAUUCCCCUUCCAAAUAAACUGUUAUUUCAUUGCCUUGUCCAAGGGGUACAGUUUAUAUUUAGUAUGUUAUUGGAUUUGAUAAAAAAGGGAUUUCAGCAAACUGUUUUUGAAAAGAAAAUGUCCAUUUAAAGGGAUAAAUAACAAAUUGUAAACUGCUGGCUUUGAACACUGUGCUCUUGGUUUGGGGGUAACUUUUUUUUUUUUUAAAGAAGUUUGAUCCCAUUGAUAAUGUUACUGGGUGGUGGUUUUGUAGACUUUAUGAACACCAUUUCCAGUGAGGCUGUACCUCCCAAUAAAUCAACACAUGCUGUGUUUGAGUCUGGUGAUUUCCAAUCCUGGAUGCUGUAUGUAAACACAAUAUGUCUAUUAGUACAAAGAAAAACAUCAUUUUCAGGGCUGAUUACUGUGGCCAAUUCUGUGACCAUCCUAAAAUCUAGAUGCAAGGUCAUGUGACUUCACUGCUUCAAUAAAACAAAUUUAUAUUGGA